UCAAAUAACAAAGAGUAGGGUUUUAAAGGGUUUAAGGCAACUUCCUUUAAUUCUCAUUUCUCACCCUUUCCCCAAACUUCCCAACAAACCAUUACCAUUUGCAAUCCAAUACUUCGAACUAGCUAAUUUCUAUGGCUAUGGAGGAACCCAAUACCACGUAUAUGGAAGUAGAAGGAGCUGAAAACUCAGACGACGACAGGGAGCAGAACUGGGACGAUUGGAAAGUAGACGAAAACGGAGACGAAGAAGAUGAAGCGGAAGCUAUGAGCUCAGAGUUACUCUGCUUGUUCUGUGACUCGCUAUACAAUUCCAGCAAUGCCCUCUUUGAACACUGCUCAUCCGCACACCGCUUCAACUUCAACACUCUCAAGACCACUCUCGCCUUGGAUUUCUACGGCUGCUUUAAGCUCAUUAAUUACGUUAGGUCUAAGGUUGCUGAGAACAAAUGUUGGAGUUGUGGCAUUGUCUGUCGAUCAAAGGAAGAUCUACUGAAUCAUUUGCACGAUGUUAUUAAUUUUGAUGAGGGCUUAUUUCCUUGGAAUGAUGAUGAGUUUUUGAAGCCUUUCUUGAAUGAGGAUGCACUUCUGUAUAGCUUUGAUGAAGAUGAUGAAGGUGAUGAUGUUGAGGAUAUUAUGUCUAUCGACAAAAAGGAGUUAAUUAAGGAUUUUGAGCUUAUUAGCAUUGAUGAGGAUGAUUUUGAGUCUGAAACAGAAGAAAACAAACCUAUAGCUUCCAGUCAACAUGGAGGGAAAUCUGCUUCAAUGACUGAUACUACUUUCAGCAAUGGCAUUGUCGCUGCAGAAGCUGGUGUUUCUUCGUAUAGGAACCCGGAUGACCUAGAUUCCAGCGUAUAUAUAGCAAAAGUUGCAGCAAAUAAGGUCAAGGACGUAAAUAAAAGCUAUUUUGGUGGUUAUAGUUCAUAUGGUAUUCACAGGGACAUGAUAAGUGAUAAGGUAAGAACUGAUGCUUAUCGGCAAGCCAUUUUGGGGAAUCCUUCUCUCGUAAAAGGUGCUGUAGUCAUGGAUGUAGGUUGUGGUACUGGCAUAUUGAGGUUUGGAGAGAUUUUACUCAUAUUUACUUUAUAUCAUUACAGUUUUUACUCGUGUAGUUGAUCAUUUGAUGCAGUAUUCUGAUGAUUUUGGAUCUUCUAAAUCCUUUUUAGAUCCCUUUGUUUUGUGAACACUUGAAUCCUUGGCUGAGCUUUCUUGUUCUACUUUUAGGGGAGAAAUCAUGGAGAAAAAAACAGGAACAGUAAAAACUACGAAAGGAGGUAGUUGGAAGUGAAAGAAGAUAAAGUGAACAAGCAUUAAGCUCUGAAUCUAUUUGCUUUUUUAUAUUACAGUACCCUAGCUGAAGAAAGGAGAAUUAAAAUUUCAUCGCCUUAACCAUAAGGUGAAAUAGUAGUACAUGUAUCUAUUUCUUUCAGCCUUUUAGAUGAGCCACUAGCAGG